CAUCAUGUGACGCUCCUAGUUCUCAACGCGGCCAACAUAAAAAUAAAUGCAGCCAUAAUUUUAACUCAUCUAAAUAUUUAUUUCCUAAAUAUUUACAGUAAUUGGAAUUGAAAGUCUCAAAUGUCCAGCUGAUUGAUAAACAGUAAAUUAAGUAAACAAAAUAUCAUAAUAGCCUCUAAAAUAUUUUAUUUUUUUACUGCGAUUCAAAUUUUUAUACUUCGUUGGAGAUAAAAAUUAUUAUUUUUUACAACUAAGCAAUUACACAACAAAUGAAUAAAAUAUUUCACUAUGGAUCUCGCAGUUGCAAAUAAAACUAGAAGCGGCCUAAAUGAUCGCAGCGAAUCUGGUCAUGAAAUGAUGAAAAAACAACUCUCGGAACUGGGCAUGUAUGAAGAGGGAAUGUCUUUUAAAGAAAUGAAAGACACUCUUACAGUUAUCGAUAAUUCAAAACAAUCAGUCGAGGAAAAUUCAAUUACAUUUUCAUCACAACCUGAAUUGAAUGAUUCAUCUCAGUCAUCAUUGUCAUUGUUUGAUUAUACGCCAAAAAAAAAGAAAAGUCAAGAUUCAAAUCAGGAAGUCGAAACUGAUGACCAAGAAUUGUCGACGGAGAAUCAUAAGGGAUUCCAUAAUAAAACAGAUCAAAAACCACCAUUGCACCCACGUCCUCGAUCUCCGAGUCCUGAUGAAGACAGAGAGUUGAACUGCUCUCGCUUAUCAGAUCCUCAUAAGUCAAAAGCGUCGGCUAGUACGAAUAAUCCAGAAGAUAGUUCUCGAUUUUCAGACUGUAAAAUACUGGAUGAUGUUCCCUCAAAAUCGAAACUCUCGACAAAAUUUCGACAAAAAUUUGAUACGAACAAUGGAAUUCCGCAUAUUUUAAAUGAAACCUUAGAUAAGCAGCGUGCAACUCUAAAUAAAAUGGCAAUUAUGUGGCAUAGUUAUAAUUCUAAAUCGGACUGUGAUGAAAUUCAAUGGGGGUCACCCAUUAAGGUAGAGACAGCUAAUGGAAGCUUGGAUAAGAAACCUUAUGUGCCGUCAGAUGAAGAUCUUGAAAUAUUUGAACCGAAAAAUACGGAAAGAACAUCUGCUUAUGCUGGACUCCGACCACGAGUUGCUUCAAAAAAUAAUGAAUCAAAUUUCGAUGAGGAUGACGAUGAUGAUGAAUAUUUACUCCAAAAGCGUAAAAAAACAACUUUCGUUUCUAGACCGCCAAUAAAGAGACGUGUUACUAAUAAGGCGAAAAAACAGCAAUCACAAGAACCUAGUACAGAACAAGAAAAUAAUUUGCUUCGGACAAAUUCAAUUGAUCCCGAAGUUCAGUCGAAUCCACGCAAACGGUUAGCAAAGUCUCCAACUCCAGAAUACCCUGAGCUUUGUCAAUUAAAAAAAUCUAACGUACCAAGUCAAUCAUCGAGUUCGCCAAAGCCCGUGAGGGAAAUUUCAAAUAAUUAUCAAUCAAGGAAAGAAAACGCGUCUCCUUUAAACAGUAAAAAAGAUCAAGUACCAAAUAAAGUAUCUAGAGGUUUAAAUCCCAUUGAAAUAGAAUCCAUGAUAACGGAUGAUGAAGAUGAAGUGGUACCAAGUUCUCAACCAUGCGAGAAAACUACCGACCGCUUAAACAAAUCGAAUGCAUAUUUGCAGCAACACAAAAGUCUUGAAGAGAAAAAGGAAGAAGAAGAUGAAAAAUGGAAGAGAAUGUUAAUGGCUAAAAAAGAACGUGAGCAAGAAGAGCGGCUGCAGGCUCGGCUUAAAGAUGCAGCUGCGAUGUCAUUGAAACGUGAGAUGGAAGAAAAAAAAGAACAAAAUCAGAAAAGUAAAUACCAAAAUUUGAAAGCCAAGUCUAAAUGGUCGUCUUCGAGAAACGAAUUGGAAUCUCAAGACUUACAGAAUAAACACAUAAUACUCGACAGUCCAGAUAAAGAGUCACUUAAUAUGGUUAGCGAAGAAAUUAUAACUUCGGAUGAAGAUAACCAGAGUAAGUCUACUAAAGGGAACGUCGAAUGCCCGCUUUGUAAUAAGUACUUUACUCCAAAUGAAAUUGAGACUCAUGCUGAUGAAUGCGCCACAAUGUCUGAUAGUAUACAUCAGGAAAGUAUCAAUCAGAAUAAAGCAGAUGCUGAACUCGGGAAAGCUCUGCUAUCUCAAAAGGUACUGUCGUGUCAACAAUGUCAAAAAUUUGAGACACGUGAUCCAAAAAUGUUUGAAAAACAUUGUUCUUAUGAAUGUGAGAAAAAUUUUGAUGACCAAGUCACUGUAAAAGAUAAAAAAGUAACAAAUAUCACUACAAUUAAGUCUGCAGAAUCAACAUCUGAUCAGUCAACUCGAAAAAGAAAACGUUGGUUUAAAAUGAAAUAUUUACAAUUGUUGUUAAUUUUCGAUAUUGUUACGCACUUAAUGUGUAGUGACUUGAAUUUUCAGUGGUAUGCAAAUGUAAAUAAUUUUGGUUCUUUUGUUACGAUUCCUGUUGAAUCUUACACUUUUCUUGAAGAGCAACAUUACAUUAACAAUACAUUUUCUGACGCGAAUGAUGUCAAAAACCGAUGGAUCGCAAACAGCACUUUUCUGUGUGAAAAUAAAUUCCCUUCAACAUCGAAAAUGCUUCAAGCCCAGAGACUUCUAAUUAUUUUUCAUGGGAUCGACACUUUCGCAAAAAUCAAACUUAAUGAUCACGAAGUAGGAAAAACUGAUAAUAUGUUCACACGAUAUGUUUUCGACAUCAAAGACUACAUAGUUAAUGAUACGAAUUCAAAUAAUAAAUUAAUGGUAACCAUUGAAUCUCCUAUAAAGUUUGCAAAUGCUAUGUAUGAUAAUCAUAGUAAAGAUUAUAUAGUUUAUCCGAAAUGUGUUCCGAAAACAUAUCAUGGCGAAUGUCAUGUUAACCAUAUACGUAAAAUGCAAGCAAGCUUUGGUUGGGACUGGGGUCCCGCUAUUCCUUCCAGUGGAAUUUGGCGUGAUGUCGAGCUUGUAGUUGUCAAUGAUGUUGUAAUUAUAGAUCAUACGAUAGAUUUAUAUCAAGUUAAUGAUACGAACUGGAAAAUUUACGCUACUGUGCUUCUUGAAACUGCGCAAAAUCCAAAGUAUCCUAUUCAAUGUGAAUUAUCAGUAAUUUUAAAGAUUAACGAUUCUUAUGUUAUCAAUUCAACUAAAAUUGAAGUGAUGAACAAUCAAACACAUUCUGUAUCAUUAGACGUUCGUGAGGCUGAUAUUCUGCGUUGGUGGCCAAAUGGAUAUGGUUCUCAAAUUCUUUAUAAUAUAACAACAAAGUUAAAAACAGAAAGCGGCACACAAAUUCGUAAAAAGCGUAUUGGUUUCAGAACAGUAGAACUAGUGCAAGAGCCUUUAACAAAAGGUCUAAGUUUCUAUUUUCGCAUCAACAACAUUCCAAUUUUCGCAAAAGGCAGUAAUUUCAUACCGACAAAUAUCUACCCUAGUAAAUCAUCGAACCGAACCUACGUAAGAUAUCUUCUGGAGUCUGCGAAACAAGUCAAUAUGAACAUGCUUCGAGUGUGGGGAGGCGGAGUAUACGAGUCGGAUUUUUUUUAUGACUUAGCUGACGAAUUAGGUCUGAUGAUCUGGCAAGAUUUCAUGUUCGCUUGCGCCAUGUAUCCAACUACUCCAGAGUUUUUGAAUUCUGUAAGAGAGGAAGUGAAACAAAAUGUCUGGAGACUUAAAUCUCACCCAUCAAUCGUCAUCUGGGCAGGGAAUAAUGAAAAUGAAGCAGCGUUAUAUGGUAACUGGUAUGGUACUGGAUCAAAACCAGUUUAUAAAAGUGAUUAUAUUGAACUGUACGUAACUGUAAUUAAAUUCGAAGUCGAGAAGUUGGAUUUCACUCGCCCUUUUGUCGUAUCAAGUCCAAGCAAUGGAGCCUGGGCAGAUCAGAACGGAUGGAUCGGAACAGAUCCAUAUUCGCCUCUCUAUGGAGAUAUUCAUUAUUACAAUUAUUUAUCUAAUGGCUGGGACAUUAAUAUUUAUCCCAAACCUCGAUUUUCAUCAGAAUAUGGGUUUCAAUCACUACCAUCAAUUUACGCCUUAAAAUCUAUGGCGGAAAGUUUAAAAGAUUUAAGUUUAAAUUCUGAAUUUUUAGAACAUCGUCAACAUUUACCCGGUGGAAAUGAGCUCAUGACGUCGUUGAUAGAAAAAAACUUCAGACUUCCUCAAAGCAAUGAUCCGCUCCAAGAUUUUGAAAAUUACAUAUAUUUGAGUCAAAUAAAUCAAGCGCAAUCUGUGAAGGUACAGACAGAGUCAUACCGUCAAGCAAAGAGUCACGUCAACGAUUCUGGCGAAGGCAAAACAAUGGGUGCGCUUUAUUGGCAACUGAAUGACGUCUGGCCCGCACCUUCGUGGUCGUCGAUUGACGACGGAGGUCGUUGGAAGAUACUUCAUAAUUAUGCCAAGGAUUUCUUCGCUCGGAUCAUCAUUAGCCCAAGAUUAUCACCGAUUGACGACCUAACAAUUUUCAUUGUUUCUGACGAAUUACAUCCAAGAUUCAAUUGUUCAGUCGAGAUUAACGUCCACAAAAUUUGGGAAACCGGGUCGGAUAUUUUCACUCAGAAAUUCGAUAACGUUACGAUUGAAGCAAAUGCGGCCUAUGAAUUGAUGAUGAUAAACCUUGAGGAGGUUCUUAAGAUUGCGACUUGCGGCGACACUUUUUAUGAAGCAAAGAAGAAAUGUAUCGUUGAAUUUUAUUUGAAAAACGAAUUCGGGGAACUAGUAGCGCCUGCUAAUUAUCUCUAUCCUUCUUCUCCAAAAAAUUUUGAUUUACCAGCGUGUGAAAUGACCGUUUCUUUCAAUUCUACUGAUUACGCUGCUACGAUUCAAUCCCGUUGCAUUCAACUGUUUGUAUGGUUCGAUUUUCCAGGUUAUCUUCCUGGAAGAUUUUCAGAAAACGGCUUCCAUGUGUUGAAAAGCGUGAAAGAAGUUAAGUUUUAUCCGGGCAAUUUAUCAUUUGACUUGACGAAAUUUAUUCGCCACGUAAAAGUUGUUAGUUUAGCUCAAAUAUAUGAGACCCCACAGCCGCUCAAUACAAUUUGCAUCGACUGCCUCACUCUCUGAAUAAACAUAUUUAUAUUUAAUUAAAAUUAUAAUGGGUAUCUAAGCAUAAAUUAAAAUGAAGCUUACACCAAAAAGUAAAUUUCAUAAUGAUUAUAAAUUUCUAAAAUAAUCAAAAUUACUAAAACUAUGAAAACAGCACCGAGUAUCAAGUAGAUCGAAUUCAUCGUGCAGUAAUUUUACUUACAAAUUUCGUAAUUUAAAAAAUUGAAAAAUUUUUCAUUGGUUAUGGUAAAAAUUUCAAAUAUUUACAAACAAUUUUGUUAAUGGCAAGGUUAAUGUGGCCCAGCACCUAACCUCACAAAAUUUAUGUUUUCAACUGCUCACAGGUGUCUCUACCUGUUGAUUGAACAGUAAAACUUAAUCCAAUAAUCCAGAAAAAGGAUUUAAUUUAAGGAAAGAUCUAAUGUAAUUUCACGUAGAAAUCCAUUGCGAACUGAUACACCAGGUCUCUUUGCACAUACAGCUUGCUAUCAAAAGUCUUUUAUUAUAGUAGGUUGUACUUUUUGGAACUCAAUUCCAUUUGAAAUUACGUCAUCAGAAUCAUUAGAUUUAUUUCGUCAAAGAUGCCUUAAUUAUAAACUAUAAAUUUAAGCUUUUUCACUGCAUGUAUUAAUUAUUUUGUAUAUGAUCGAAAGAAAUCAAACCUUACGAUUGAAAAUAAAAUAAAAAAAAAUCUUUGU